CACACUACAAGCGUAAAAUUCGCUUCCAACGCCCCAAGAUUUACGCUUGGGGCGUUUCUUCGAGCCCCGCGACCAACAACCAAUCAGAAUCUCCAUGUGAAUCUCCCGCCCCGGACAUACAAAGUGAAAAACCCCGGUUCUUCUCCACUAUUGCUAAAAUGGAUGCCGGUGUUGUAGCAAGGGUAAGCAGGGUAACUCGUGUGUGUGCAAGGUUGCAUUUAGUGUAUACAUUGUCUCGCAUGAGGCCGUGUAGUGUGCGUCGCUUCUGGGUACACCCGAUACUCCGAAAGCGUCUACAAAGGGGGGAAUACCACCUUCUCGUCCAGGAGCUCCGUCUCGAUGACCGCCUUUUUCAGAGGUACUUCAGGAUGAGCAAGGAGGUGUUCGACGAGUUGCUCGGAAAGGUGGGCCCACUGAUUACAAAGGUGGACACCCAUCUGCGUAUGUCAAUCGGCCCCGCCGAGCGACUCGCCAUCUGCCUACGGUACCUGGCAACUGGUGACUCGUACGCGACGAUAGCCUUCAGCUAUCGGGUCGGGCGUUCUACAGUGGCAGUCAUUGUGAAGGAGGUUGCGGGGGCCAUCUGGACCGCCCUGGUCGAGGAGUGCAUGCCGGUACCACAGGUGGAGGAUUGGAGAGCCAUCGCUGCUGGGUUCCAGGAGCGCUGGGAGUUUCCCAACUGUGUUGGUGCCAUAGAUGGGAAGCACGUCGUGUGGUAGUGGAUGUUGGAGGCUUUGGGAGGAGCAGCGACAGUGGGAGCCUGCGGAAUUCUGCAUUUGGAGAGAGCCUCCGAGACGGCAGUCUGCAGCUACCACCUGACACCGUCAUCGCAGGAUCAGAGCGGCGGGGCCCUCUCCCCCAUGUCUUCGUUGGAGAUGAGGCAUUUCCGCUGCUGGACAACCUUCUGCGUCCAUUCCCUGGACGUCACCUCACCCGUGAAAGGAGGUUAUUUAACUACCGCCUCAGCCGUGCCAGGUUGGUGGUUGAAUGUGCGUUUGGCAUCCUCUCAACCCAGUGGAGAAUGCUCAGGCGUGUCAUCACCA